UCUCUUGAACUAAUUAACCUCUUAUGAAAUACUGUAACCUUUUUAUUUUGCAUAUUUACAUUAAAUUGUGAGUUCACAAAAUUCUCCAGGUUUAUGAAGGAAUUUAUAAAUGCUUUAUCAAAGAUUUUCCUACAGAUGUUCUCUUAAAUAUUGGACUCUAUCUGUUGCAAAGUGGUUUCAGUUCUGUUCUUAAAGUCCUUCACAGAAAAGUACAGCUCCUUCAUAUAUGAUUUCUUGUGUGGAUAUGAUGUAAGGUUGGAUAAUGAUGCAGUGGAUAUAGGGUUGUGGAUCAUUCAAUAGAUCAAAGUGUCCUGGACAAUGUAUGUCUGAAAAGUUUGCACCUGUUGACCAUAGUGAGGAGGUGAACUACUUUGCUGAAAAAUGUUCCUACUGCAGCAGUUAGAGAAUAAGUACAACAACUCCAAGUCAAGAUAAGUGUUUCCAGUCACUGUUGCCUCCCAGAAGGAAAAAAAUGUGCUACAAAUUGUCACACAGAAAACGUUCACUUUUGAAUAUACUGUGUUAUUAAAGUGCUCUACCAUGAUACAAAUAGGUUGUUUCCCAACGUUUGAUAUCCUGAUGGUGUACCUUAUCAGAGAUUAAACAUGUCUCAUUACUAAAAAUAGUUUUUAAAAAUGUCACUUUUUUCCAGAUAAGCCAGUAAUAGCAUCCACUGCAGACAAGGACACAUUUUAAUGAUGAUCUUGUUUGCAAUGGAUGGAUUGUAGCAAUUGCAAUAUAUAUUGCUCUGUUCAGCUCAUGCAAAAUUCUCUACACUAUAGUCUGGAAUAAGUUUAGAUAAAGGCAUACAGACAGAUUUCUAUGAACUCCUUUGGUAGGCUUGUCAAACUGUCUACAGUCUGUACAGCUACAUUUGGAAGUCCUUACCCAAGCUGACAUUGCAUUAUACAACUAGUCUUAGGAAAUUGUUUGUUUGAACCAUUCUGAUUAUUUUUGCAUCUGGAAAGCAUUACUAACAUUUUAUGCUGUGCUUUUGUCAUUGACCCAGUUUUGUACAGAUAAAAGCAGCAUAAAGUACAUUGAUCUGAGAAUGGUACCAUUUUUUGAAAUUACUUCCCAUGACUGGAUUGUAGAGGUAUACAUGAACAUUUGAAUGGUUUUUAUCAAAAAUUCUUUAUCUUUGAUAAUGAAUUAUUAAUAUUAUUGAUUUCUUUUGAAAAGAUAUUGCAGAUAUCUAUAUAAUAAUGAACUUCUCUUAAAUUUCUUUUAACAAUCUUUUGACACAUUAAAGUGUCACGAUAGAAAAGCAUAAAAUAUCACACUGGGCCAAGCAGUUUUUACUGGUCUAAGUACAAUUUUCAUUUCCACAGACUAUGCUCUAUUUCCAUUACAUUUAUAUGGCUAGUGUAUUGCUCCAAAGUAACAGUACAGAAUUUAAUGUAUAGUGUUUCAUUUCUGCAACAUAGCCUGGGUAACUUGCUGGGUGUAUUGUAUAUUUGCAAUGCAUGUUAUGAAAAUAAACAUAUUUCAUAAUUCCUUAAAAUGCAGUUAUAGCUAAAGAUUAAAAGGAAAUACAUAAUUAAGAUGUAAAUUUGUAUUAGGGAUGCUAUUGAAUCCCAUUAAAAUAUCUUCUAGUCUAUUCAUAAUUUCUCUGAAAUGACUUAACAAAAAUUAAUGAAAAACACUAGAUAGAUUUAUUAAUGAUUUGAAAUAAUUUUGGCCUCAUUGGUGGUUUUAUUGUUAAUAGUAAAAUUUGGAAAAUUAUUAAUAAAAUUAAUUUUUUUAGAAAAUACUGAAAAGGAAAAGCUUGAAAGAAUUUGAAACCUUAAUUCUAAAAUAACAGACAUGGAAAACAUUAUUCACUUGGAUGGUCAAAGCACUCAACCUGGUGGAAGUAGGAGAGAUGGUACUAAAGAGGUGACACUUACAGAUUGUAAAUCCGAUGAACAUAUAGAGAGACAAAGGCUCUCUAGAAACUCUAAGACAGAUGAAAGUCCUCUUCCAGAGGCUGCCUUAGAUUCAGCCCUUCCAAGUGACAGUGAUCACAAUUUUGAUCAUCAUAGUUCUGAAGAGGAGUUAGAAGUUAUAAACAGUGCAAGUGUUCACCAACAGAGGAACUGUCAAUAUCCAGAAAAGAGAAAGUGGUCUCAAGCAAAUCGUUUAAGUCUUGGUGAGAACUCAUGUUCAUCUGAUGAUGAAUUACGGGACCUUAUGUGCAUUUCAGCUCCUGUGGAGUUUCGAUCGUCCCCACCAGCCAACGUCCAUAAACCAAGUCAUUCACAAUCACCUCCACCAAAGGUAUUCCAUUCUUCGGCAGCAAAUAUCCCACCAAUUGAACUGUGUUCGGUUUCACCGAGAAAAAGACAUCGUCGGACACCAACUGCAACUAGUGGUGCAAAUGUCCAACGGCCAUGUUUGGACUUUGAAAAAAUGCAGCAGAAAUUGGUGAAAAGACACAUUCAUAAUCUGGGAAGGCCUAAAGUUACUCGAAUGAAGGUAAACAAAGAAAUGUGGCCAAAAACGUCGGACGAUGUGUGAACAACAACCCUUUAAAAUCGUAAUGAAUUUUAACGGGGAAGGAUCUCAUUCCAACACCACCUAUCCCUCCACCAAUGGGAAUGGUCCAUUUUCGCCAGCGACCAACAACGACAAAAGGUGCUUUGGAAGAAAGAUCCAACGGCCUGUUCGCGAUCCUGGAAGCAAUUGUUUGCAAUAAAAAAAACAAACAAAAAUCACCUGUGAUCUUGACAAAUCUUCAUCACUCUUUGCCUUUCCGUGAGGAAUGCCAAACAGCGCACAAAUUUCUCUAAACAAUUCGAAAUCGAAAAGCGGAAACAAGGUCAGUGGCUCCAUCUUGUGACUGAAGAAGAACUAUUUUUGCAUUACACGACCAGGAUUCGAAAUACAAAAUAAAGAUUUAAAAAUAAAAAAAUAAAAUAAAAAGUAAAAAAAAAAUUAUAUAUAAAUAUUGUGGUAACUUUGGAAUAUUUUUCAUUAAAAUGUGUGU